ACGUUGAUACAAUUCGACCAUUUUCGUUGGAAUACUGCACACUUCUCAUCAUUUACACUUCACACGCCGAUCCAACAGUGUUAUUACAUACAUAUUGACUCAGCUUAUGAAGUAAUCUCAACUUGUACGUAUGUAAACAAGAGAUAUGGAUAAAAUAACGCAUUUGUGGAACGUGAAUCAACUAGUUACGAAGCUGGAUUGUCCACAAAGGAUAAAUUUACAGACACAUUACAUAACCAAAUGUAGAAGAUUUAGCAAAGGAAUACAGUUGCCAUCCAAAAAUUUUGGUCCUUCGACAAUGUGUCCUUAUUGUGGAUCACUGUGGAACACAAUAGAUCAUACUGUUCGACUAUUAAAAGGUAAACCAGUUUCUAAAUCAGUUAAAAAGAUUGUUAACUCUAUGGAGAACCGUGAUAAAAAUGUUCCCAAAGUUCAAAGAAGUUUGGCAGAGAAAUGUUUAAAAAAUAGGAUGAACAAACUGGUACUGAAAUGUUCAGUUUGUUCAAAUAGUACAAAAAUACCCUUCAAUAAGCCACAAAGGGAGAGGAUGCAAAAGAACAGCUCAGUUCAAAAGAUACAAAAAAAGAAGAAGAGGAAGAACAAAGACAAAACGGCUGGUUUAAAUAUUUCUGGAAUUUCAAAUUUAACUACAGAGGAUGUUACCGAGGGUUCGAAAGACACAAUGACGAGAAAAAUGGGCAACACAAACUUUAUUAAAACUCCUCAGAAGUUAAAAAAGUUAAAUAUAAAUAGAUUAAAAGACAUAGUGAAUCAAGGUGCUACACCUCCAAAGAAGAAUAGUCUACAUAGUUUUCUAGCAGAGAUUUUUUAAAAAUUUAAUUUAUUAUCGAAGUAUUUUAUAAAAGUUCCUUUAAACGUUAAUUAUGUUUCAUAUAAAAGAGCAGUUGUCACAAGCUGGCUUUAUUAAGAAGAGAGAGAGAACUGACACUCAGUUUUUCAACUUUAUCCUAAGUGACUAUUUUUGUACAUUUAAUACAUACUAUACAAUUGUCAAUCUUUGAUAAAUUUUGAUUAUAAGUCGUUCUCUUCACCGCUGUCCGCGUAAUAAAAUAAAUACUAUACACGUUGAGUGAAAA